CCAAAACAAACAAAAAAAACAAAACAAAACAAAAAAAAACCCACAAAAAAAAAGUGGGAAAAUUGCUUUGCAAAGAGGAAAUAUGUCAGGAACACCUCGCCCAUCCCCACUGAAGGAGAUGCACUGUGCCAGUUUGGACCUGCUGAAAGGGGAAUUGCAAUUUCCAGCCAUCAGCUGAGGUGUGGGUGACAGGCAGGGCCUGAGUGGCAGCUGUGACUGAAGUCAUUCCUUUGCUGCAUGGCUGAGUUGUCUGGCUCUGCCAGGGUCUGAUUAGCCAGGUUUCCUUCAUUACUUAUAAGAAGCAAUAUGCCAUAAAAAUGUCAUUUUCACUGCUUAAAUCAUAACAUUUUCCAUUAAAACCUUCUGCCAUAAGGUCCUAGAGGAUAUUCAUCCCCAGGCUCUGACAGGGAGGUGGGAAUGGGUGUUCAUUUCCAGCAGCAGUGAAUUCCAACUGUUUGAAGUCACCAAUCUGUGUAAUAUUAAAGGGUGGGCUUUUUUCUAAGCUUCUGUUUUGGUCAGGAAUCUCAAAAACAAGGUAGGAUCAAAAGCUUCCUAUGGAACCAUGAGGGAUGAACCUAAUACUUGACCUAAUUUAGCAGGAUUUCAUGGAUUUAUAGCAGAAAUUGGGGAGAUGUAUCUAAACCUACAUGAGCUGCUGCCCUGUGUCCCUGCUGAUCCUGCCAACCCCCCUGCCCAGUUCUGAACUGGGAUUAAUCCCAGCCCAGAAACACUUCCCAGGGCUUUGAAACAAGAUAUUCAUGACAACAAAACCACUUGGAUGUGACUUUAGAGAAGCAGAUUUAGGACAUGCUGCAUUUCCUUCCGGUCCAUGUCUUGCCCCAAGCUUUGCUUGUGAAACCUCACCACGAUUCCUGCUGCCCUCCAAAGCCAGGCUUGGGUUGUUUUGGUCCCUGCCAGGCUUCCCCUGAGGUGGGAGCAUUCCCUGUGUGCCUCCUUCUCUGGCUUUGGGGUUCCAACGCCCAGUUUGUGAUUCAGAGGGUGGACGUGGAGCUGCAAGUUUUGUUUCCCUGGCUGGAUUCCAAGGGCGCUGCCGGGAACAGGUCUGGGAUUUUGGGCUCCUGGGUUCCAUCCCUGGCACAGCUGCCAAGAGGUCUGGCCUCAGGAGAGGGCUCUUUUUAUUCAGGAGUUUAAGCACUUACCUGUUUCCCCUAUUUAGAAUAUAGGCCUGAUACUCUUUUACCUGCUUGCCCCACUUCCAGAUUUAAUUUUUCAUUCAGGCUCCUCCUGAAUGCUUAAAAUUAAAUUUCCUUUCUCCUUAAGAAUAAUCCUUAAAACAUCUUGGUUUGUGAACACUCAGGAGUUUUCCUUCUUGCUGUAGCAGUGUUUUAGUGAGGGCUUUGUUCUUCCUCUAUAACACAGAUAAAGAGAAUUUGUUUUCCCCUUGUGAAACCUCAGAUAACACUUGGAGCUCCUGUGUUCCCUGGGUGUGUUGCCCAUAAAAUACAGGUACAAACAGACAUGUCAGUGGUGGUGUGGAAAUUACUCAGGAUUAUGAAUCACACUGAAAAAUACCAUUGGAAAGCUGAGCCUGGUGCUGUUAGUCACUCUGCAACAGCAGAGGGAAUUAUGGGCUCAGUGGAGGAGAGAUGCAAGUUAGUGCAGAGUCAGUCUCUUUCUGCUUCUGACAUGUGGAAAACAUCUUCAAACAUCUUUACUUUUCACUGCUAUUAGCAAAAUGAGCAGCUUCUUAAAGGGUUAAAGGAGAUUUGCCAUAACCUUCACUUUCCUCUCAGUUCUUGUCAUUUAUGAGAAUUAAUGAAGAUAUUAAAUAAAUCUGAUGUUUCCUUUUUCUGUUUCCACUAAUUAGUCCCAGUCAAUCAAUAGAAUAUCCACAUUUUCCCAGCUGGUUUAGAAUCAAAAGAUAAUGAAACUGAACUUGUUUUUUCAUGUCACAUCCCGAGCUUUGGAAGAGGUUUUGGCAGCCUUCCCCCUGGGCACAGCUCCCAUUCCCAGAGUUCUCUCCAAAGCAUUAAGAAUGGAAAGAAGCAGCUCAGAAUUUUCCAGUUUAGCUCAGGCUUUCUGUACAUUAAGAGAAACAGAAGCACAACCACAAGUACAGCAAAACCCUUCAUGUGGCCAGAGAGCUGAGCUUCAGCUGGGGAAACUGGCACCAACUGGUCCAUGCUGGGCUCACAAACUGGGCUCACACAUUGCAGCCCACGUCUGUCCUGCUGUGGGGGGACAGUGACAGAGGCACGAGGCCACCAGGGAGCUUCUCCACAUGAAGAAGCUCUGCCUGGUGGCCUAAACUCAGAGGCAGCCUCAGAAAUCUCUCAGUGAGUUACUCUGAAAUACUCUUGCUUGUAGGAAACCAUCAAGGCCACUGUGAUAGAGAGAAAUACUUUCAUUUUCUCUCUGCUCUUCAGGGUGAUUCCUUGGCUUGGCUUGUGGAAACUGCUUAAGUGAGUGACUGAAAUAAGCCACACACACACACAUAUAUAUAUUAAGUGUCAAUUUUGGGGUGCUUCUCUCCUGUCAAGUGCUGGAGAGGUGCUCCAGAGCAUCUAUUAUUUGGAGGAAAAAAUUCCUAUGAUAAUGCUGUCUUACAGAGAAUAUGAUCUGGGAAAAAUCCUGAGGCAGAGCAGGGAUGAGGAAAAUAAAAUUGAUUCCUGAUGUCUCUUUGAGGGUUACAGUCCAGCUCUUAUGAAACUUAGUGAGAAAUUUUCCUGCUCUUGUAGUGAGGGCUGGGCUGGUCCUUGGGGUAGCACCAUAACAAAGCAGAGCUACAACUGGUAGUAAGAACAGACAGAUAAAACUGAAACAUGUAAAGAGAUUUCAUUAGAGGCAAGAGGUUGAAUUCUGGCAAAGCUGUCAAGUUCACUGAGGAUAAUGAUUAAUUAUUAAUGAUUCUUCUUUUUCUAAUCUGGAUUGGUGGAACCUCACAGACACUGUGUUCCAUUCAGAAAAUAAGGAAUAGUGUGGGAGUUGCAGAGCUUCUCCAUGUCAGAGCUCUGACCAGGCAGGAAUCUGGACUGGAAGCACUGAGCUCCAGUUCCUAGAAGUGCUGGAUCUCAUGGGCACUGGAUUUGCCUUUACUAGCAAAUUUUCCUUCCUGUGUUUUACCCAUAUUCAGGUUUUCCUAGAACAUGUGCACAUUUCCAGCUAAUUUAUACAAAUUGAAAAUCGUGUUUUCAUCGGAGGUGACAUCCCUAUCUUAAACAUCUCUCUGAAAUGCAAUUCUCCUUUUGAUUACAGUCUUUAAAACCCAGAGCAUCUGAGCCGAAAUUCCAUUUUCAAUGUCCUGUGAAAUUGGUAGCAUUAAAAGUCUCAACACCUUGGCUUAUUUUUAAAAGGUGAUAUUAAAUAUAGGAAUAUAUUCCCUUAUGCACUUUUUCCCUAGGAUAUAAAAUGCUCAUUCCCCCUAAAUAGUAGCACAGUGCCCUGCAAUGCUGAGCACUGCUGGAAUGCCUCUGCAGUAAAAUUAAGCUUCAAAUUUUAAUCUCUCUCUGAGCCACAUCCUGUUUUCAGUUAACUGAUCUCAUAUGGGGGAAAUUUACCACAGGAAAUCUCUCUAGUUUGGAAAGUACCAAAACCUUAUCUUUAGUUUCUUUGUGUAACUCAGCACCUUUGCAGACAGAGGUGUAACAGAAUCACAGAAACUUUCAAGAAGUCUCAAAGCAAGAGGAAAGGAGUGAGUUAAGGGCACAGGGAAGAGGUGGAGCUGCCACUUCAUCCCUGAACUGACCCUGUGGUGUAACACUGAUCAUUCUAAAAUUAACAUCUUACGCCUCUUUGUACCCCCAAACUUUGAAAAACCACAUCCAGAAAUCUCUUCCUUUCUGAAAGAGGUUUUAACUCACAUCCUGGCAGAAACUGCCUGGGCCAAAUGAACUUAGGAUGAAUUUUAACAACCCAAACGAAGGCAAAUGGCUCAGGCCAAGGCCUCAGUGGGGCUGUCACACUUUCCUCCUAGCUCUGAGUUAAAGCUGGUGCCUCUGAACUACAGAUCCAGAGCAGAGCAGAGAGGAGGGAGCUGAGGUGUGUGUUGUGUCUGCCCGUGCACACCCAGCACGGGAAGGUGCCAGACUCGAGGCAAACUCUGAUUAAAGGGAUCCCUCAGCAGGCAGCACACACCCUGCACACACUGCAGUGGCUCCUGCCAGGGCAGCAGGGCACAGCCAGAGAAGCACCCAGAGGACACCUCUGCUGCUCAUUGUUCUUGCUGAGCAGGGCCUCACCCCCAGGGAUUGCCCACAAGGAGCAGUGAACAGAUUUGCAUGCACAACUCCUUUUCUGACUGAACCCUCUGUCAGAACCAGAGAGGCUGGCAGGUUGUGCCGGGGCUGAAGAGCCCCAUUAUCUGCUGAUAAUGAAGCUUUGCUUUGCAGAACCUUUCCCUCACUCCAAGAAGGCUUUGCAGGCAUUGCUGAGCUCCUGCGUUUCCCGAGCUGCCUGGCAGGGUGAGGCACAGCGGGGCUUCCCCGGGGGCUCCGGAGGCUCCAGGCUCCGGGAGCGGGCAGGGGCUGCCCCGAGCAGCCGGGAAUGUCGCGCUGUGACCGCGCCCGGGGCGAGCAGCCCUUUCUGCCCGACCCCGGGCACCACGGCAGCCCCGGCGCCUCUCCGCUUCCAGGAACCGGCUUCCACGUUCUCCACCUCGGUGGCCCGGGGGGAAUUCUCCCGGCGGGGCCUCUCCUCAGCCCGUUCCCGUUGCCGUGCCCCGGGCAGGGCGAGCCCCGCUGCCGCCGGCCCCGGGGCGCGGCCCGGGCUCCCCGCUCCUCCCGGCCGAGCGAGGCAGCAUCGCCCCGAGGCAGCCCGGCCCCGGCACCGCCCUGAGCGCCCGGCCGGGCCCCCGGGGCUCAGAGCUCGCUGCAGAUGGCUGAGAGCAGCGCCAGGAGCCUGCAGCACCCCCCUGGCUCUGCCCCUGACGAGAACGAGUUCCCCUUUGGGUUCCCCACCAGCAUCUGCGAGGACGCGCCCGGGCAGAAGUUCCUGUGCAGCAGCUGCCACAACAUCCUGAGGAAAGCCCUGCAGACGCUGUGUGGGCACAGGUACUGCUCUGCCUGCCUCUCCUGGAUCGUCAGAAACAAUAAAAAUGCAAUUUGCCAGAAAUGUAAAGAGGAAGAUCCCAACACUUUAGGUGAGGAAAGCCUCUUGGCAGAAGAAAGGGCUUUUGGUGAUGCUGCCAUUAAUAAAGAGAUUUCUGAGCUCAGAGUGCACUGUGUGACCCUCGGGUGCAGCUGGUCUGGUAUCAUGAAAGAUUUUGAAGAGCAUCAGAGUCUGUGUGAAUAUGCUUUGAUCCCUUGUCACACUGGCUGUGGGCACGUGGUGAUGAGGAGGAAGCUGGCAGAUCACUUGGAAAAUGGAUGUGUCAAUAACGUGACAGUGUGUCAGCAGUGCCACUGCAGCCUGGCCAGCUCUGAGUGCCAGGAGCAUUCAUGUGAAGGCAGUUUAGGCAAGGAGAAAAAACCUGUGCAGACAGAAACAGCAUCAAAGGAAAAGCAGAGCCACUCUACAUCCUCAUCCAGCAAGGAAGGCUGUUGUUUUUCUGAAGUUGGCUGUGCAUUUAGGGGAAGCAAAGAGAAGAUCCAGGAGCACGAAAAAUCAGCAGUGGGGGCUCACAUGCUGCUGCUGCUGCAGCACAUGAGGCAGCUGCAGGGAACCCUGUGCUCCAAGGGCUUCACCCCACGGCCAGAGCUGAGCUUGAAGAGUGCAGGAAAAGGCACCAGUGAGCUGCAGAUGCCAGCAGGGCUGGGGUUCAGCAGGGACCCAGAGGUGGACUGUUUCCCUGGCUCUUCUGUCCCCGAGGAUGAGUCUGUGCUGCAGCAGCUCGUGAGGGAGAAGGUGAUUUCCGAGCUGGAAAAUAAGCUGCACGUGUUUGAGAACAUUGUGGCAGUGCUCAAUAAGGAGGUGGAGAGCUCUAAUUUGGAAAUCCUGGCCUUCAGGAGGCAGAGUGAACUGGACCAGAACAUAAUACGGAGCCUUGAACUGAAGAUUGCAGAGUUGCACCGGUGCCUGACGCAGAAGGACGCGGGCCUGAGCAGCCUGCACAAGAGCCUGCUGUUCUCUGAGCAAGCCUCCUACGAUGGCAUCUUCCUCUGGAAAAUCACAGAGGUUGGCAGGAAGCUCCAGGACUCUGUGACUGGCAGGACAGUCAGUUUGUACUCCCCAGCUUUCUACACUGCAAAAUAUGGCUACAAGGUGUGUCUGAGGGUGUACCUGAACGGGGAUGGGACAGGGAAAGGAACCCACAUGUCCCUGUUCUUCGUCGUCAUGAAAGGAGACUACGACGCUUUGCUCCCCUGGCCUUUCAGGCACAAGGUGACAUUUAUGUUGCUUGACCAAAAUAACAGGGAACACAUAAUUGAUGCCUUUCGCCCAGACCUGACUUCUGCUUCCUUCCAGAGGCCAGUGAAUGACAUGAAUGUGGCCAGUGGCUGCCCCCUGUUCCUGCCCCUGGCCAAGCUGCAGUCCCCCAAACACGCCUACGUGAGGGAGGACACGCUUUUCCUGAAAUGCAUCAUCGAAACAAAUUAGCACAUCCUCAAGUGUGGCUGGCUGGGGAGCUCACCCCUGGAUGUCAACAGGUUAUGAGGAAAAAAACCUUCAAUUUGAGACCUUGUGGUAGUUUGUGUGUACACAAAAUCCCCAGAGCCUGCACCCCAUGACCCACUGCCACUGGAGCUGCCCCUGAGCAGAGCUGCUGGAAGGGGAUUAUCCACCAGAGGAGCCAGAUCUAUGGGUGUCACUCAUGGGCUGGGUGUCACUCGUGGGUUAGGUGUCACUAACAUGGAUUAGGGGUCACUCAUGGGUUAAGUGUCACUAAUAUGGUUUAGGUGUCACUCAUGGGUCAGGAGUCACUCACAUGGUUUAAGUGUCACUCAUGGGUUAGGUGUCACUCAUGGGUUAGGUGUCACUCAUGGGUUAGGUGUGUCACUGUCACCCCUGCCCCACUCUGCUGCAGAAGGGGCUGUUCCUCCUCACAGCUGUGACCCUGUGGCUCUGUGUCCCUGAGUCCCUGGGCAGGGGCUGAAUUCCCUGGAUUCCCUGAAUUCCCUGAUUUCCCUGCAUUCCCUGCAUUCCCUGGAUUCCCUGCAUUCCCAGGUCUGUGGGUGCUCCUGGGGCUGAGCUGGCCCGUCCUGGGCAGUGCCCAGCGGGUGCAGCUCCUUUCCCAGAGCUCUGGGGUGAGCUCCUGUGGGGCUGCAGUGCCUGGCAGCCCAGGGGGAGGAUUUUGGCUGCUCCCCGGCAGGAAGAAGGGCAGAUUCCUCCCCCAGGCCCGGACCAGGGGUCUCUGUGCCUCCCCAGGACCCCGGGAGCUGUGGGCAGUGCUGUGGCUGCAGCCUCACCCUGCUGGAUUGAUUUCUUGCUGUUUAUCCCAGAUUUCUCUUUCUGUGCUCUGUGAGGGGGUGUUGAGCUGCAUGGGCAGGCAGGGAGCAGGUUCCACUGUGCUUGGGGGAAUUGCCUCUGGGAUUUCCAAAGGAGCCCUCGGGCUUUCCCACUGUGGAUGCAGACUCUGGGAAGGCCAGAGCUCUGCCCCAGGCAGGGUGAGCUCCCUCAGAGGUCUGGGCUGGUGUCCAGUCACUUCCUGCACCUUCAAGGCAGGUGACUUAUUAGAAAUUAUUGAUUUUUUUUUUCUUUUUUCUUAUUGUGUUCUGAUGU